GGACGCGCGCUCGCGCUGCGUGUUCCCGCCUUUUGACUCCAGCCGAGCGAAUCCUGGGAGAGGGCAGGUGACGUCCACAGUCAGGCUCCAUGGCGGCGCGGCGGCGGCUGAUGGGGACCAGCGGCCGGCGCAGUCGGGCGUCAGCUUCUAAAGCCUCAAAUGAAACCGACAAUACAGAAGACUCUCCUCCUGCCAAGAAAACUCGAAGAUGCCAGAGGCAGGAGGUGAAAAAAGAGCCUGUGCCUGGAGGAAAGGCUGAUAAGGACAGAACAGAAGACAAGCAAGAGUCUGUGAAGACCUUGCUGUUAAAGGGCAAAGCUCCCGUGGACCCAGAGUGCACCCUAAAGGUGGGGAAGGCCCAUAUCUACUGUGAAGGGAAUGAUGUGUAUGAUGUCAUGUUAAAUCAGACCAAUCUCCAGUUCAACAACAACAAGUACUAUCUGAUUCAGCUGUUAGAAGAUGAUGCUCAGAGGAACUUCAGUGUUUGGAUGAGAUGGGGCCGAGUUGGGAAAGUGGGGCAGCACAGCUUGGUGGCUUGUUCAGGGGACCUCAACAAGGCCAAGGAAGUCUUUCAGAAGAAAUUCCUUGACAAAACAAAAAACAAUUGGGAGGAUCGUGAGAAGUUUAAGAAGGUGCCUGGAAAAUACGAUAUGGUACAAAUGGACUAUACCACCAAUACUCAGAAUGAAGAGGAAACAAAAAAAGAGGAAUCUCUUAAAUCCCCCUUGAAACCGGAAUCACAGCUAGAUCUUCGUGUACAAGAGCUGAUAAAGUUGAUCUGUAAUGUCCAGGCCAUGGAAGAGAUGAUGAUAGAAAUGAAAUAUGACACCAAGAAAGCCCCACUUGGGAAGCUGACAGUGGCACAAAUCAAGGCAGGUUACCAGUCUCUUAAGAAGAUUGAGGACUGUAUUCGGGCUGGCCAACAAGGACGAGCUCUCGUGGAAGCAUGCAAUGAAUUCUACACCAGGAUCCCACAUGACUUUGGACUCCGUACUCCUCCAUUAAUCCGGACGGAGAAAGAACUGUCAGACAAAAUACAGCUACUAGAGGCUUUGGGAGACAUUGAAAUUGCCAUUAAGCUGGUAAAGACCGAGCUGCAAAGCCCAGAACAUCCAUUGGACCAACACUAUAAAAAACUACAUUGUGCCUUGCACCCUUUAGACCAUAAAAGUUAUGAGUUCAAAAUAAUCUCCCAGUACCUUCAGUCUACCCAUGCUCCCACACACAGUGACUAUACCAUGACCUUGCUGGAUGUUUUUGAAGUAGAGAAGGAGGGUGAGAAAGAAGCCUUCGAAGAGGACCUUCAUAACAGGAUGCUGCUAUGGCAUGGCUCCAGGCUGAGCAACUGGGUAGGAAUCCUGAGCCAUGGGCUUCAGAUUGCCCCGCCUGAGGCUCCCAUCACAGGUUACAUGUUUGGAAAAGGAAUCUACUUUGCUGACAUGUCUUCCAAGAGUGCCAAUUACUGCUUCGCCUCUCGCCUAAAGAAUAUUGGAUUACUGCUCCUAUCAGAGGUAGCUCUAGGUCAGUGUAAUGAGCUACUGGAGGCCAACCCAGAGGCAGAAGGAUUACUUCAGGGCAAACACAGCACCAAAGGACUGGGCAAGAUGGCUCCCAAUCCUGCGAGCUCCGUCACUCUGAAUGGGAGUACAGUGCCCUUAGGACCAGCACAUGACACAGGAAUUUUGAAUCCAGAUGGUUAUACCCUCAACUACAAUGAAUUUAUUGUCUAUAACCCCAACCAGGUCCGUAUGCGAUACCUUCUAAAGGUUCAAUUUAAUUUCCUGCAGCUGUGGUAACAUUGAUAUUAAAUAAACCAGAGAAGAUAUCUUCAAGCAAGGAAAUAAACAGUGUUGUACUUUUGAGCUUUUUCUUAUUUUAUGUAAUAAAAAUAGUACAAAUCUA